GUUCGGCGCAGCAUGGAGGCGGCGGCAGCGGGUGAGGGCAAGGCGGGCCACGGGCGGAACGGCCAUGCGGAGGGCCCGGCGGCGGAGCAGCGGCGGGGCGGCGGGGCCCGGCUGCGGGGCUGCCGCGCGUUCCUGCGGCGCAACGCGCUGGUGCUGCUGACGGUGUCGGGGGUGGUGGCCGGCGUGGCGCUGGGCGCCGCGGUGCGCGGCGCGGCGCUGGGCCCGGCGCAGGUCUCCUACCUGGCCUUCCCCGGGGAGCUGCUGCUGCGGAUGCUGCGCAUGGUGAUCCUGCCGCUCGUGGUCUGCAGCCUGGUGUCGGGCGCCGCCAGCCUGGACACCCGCUCGCUCGGCCGCCUGGGUGGCAUCGCGGUCGCCUAUUUCCUCGGCACCACGCUGCUCGCCUCCGGCCUCGCCGUCGCCCUCGGCUUCAUCAUCCGCCCCGGUGCCGGUGCCUCCGCGCUCAACACCCAGCUGGGGCUGCCGGGCGCGCUGCCCAAGAGCAAGGAGACGGUGGACUCCUUCUUGGACCUCAUCAGAAACCUGUUUCCUGCAAAUCUUGUUGCUGCAGCUUUCGAAACGUAUGCGACAGAUUAUCAGAUGCUGCUCAGGAACACAACCUUGGGAAAUAUCACACUGGAAAAAGUCCCUAUUGGUACUGAGAUCAGAGGGAUGAACAUCCUGGGACUGGUGAUGUUUGCUCUGGUUUUAGGAGUGGCACUGAAAAAGCUUGGCCCAGAGGGGGAAGAUCUGAUUCGCUUCUUUAAUUCAUUCAAUGAGGCAACAAUGGUCUUGGUUACCUGGAUUAUGUGGUAUGUACCUAUUGGCAUUAUGUUCCUUGUUGGGAGCAAGAUUGUGGAAAUGGAAGAUAUUGUGCUUCUGGUGACCAGUCUGGGAAAAUACAUCUUUGCCUCUAUCCUGGGCCACGUCAUCCACGGUGGAAUCAUUCUGCCACUUAUUUAUUUUGCAGCCACACGGCAAAAUCCGUAUCGUUUUCUCUUAGGACUUAUCACACCACUUGCCACUGCCUUUGCCACUUGCUCCAGCUCAGCCACGCUCCCAUCCAUGAUCAAGUGCAUCGAGGAGAACAACGGAGUCGACAAGAGGAUCAGCAGGUUCAUCCUUCCCAUUGGGGCCACUGUAAACAUGGAUGGAGCUGCUAUUUUCCAGUGCAUGGCAGCUGUGUUUAUUGCUCAGCUGAAUAACGUCGACCUCAACCCUGGGCAGAUCUUCACAAUUCUCGUGACAGCCACGGCGUCCAGCGUGGGAGCAGCCGGGGUCCCUGCCGGAGGCGUCCUCACCAUCGCCAUCAUCCUGGAGGCCAUCGGGCUGCCCACCAACGACCUGUCCCUCAUCCUGGCCGUGGACUGGAUCGUGGACCGAACCACCACAGUUGUGAAUGUGGAAGGGGAUGCCCUGGGAGCAGGCAUCCUUAAUUACCUGAAUGAAAAAGACAAGAAAGAGAGAGAGCAGGAGCUCAAGGAAGUCACCGUAGAAGCAGUUGCAAACAGCAAGUCUGAAGCAGAAACGUCACCUUUGGUAACCCACAAAAACCCAGUGUCCAACACAAGCAGCACAGCAGACCCUGAAUCCAAGGAAUCAGUGUUGUGAACUCGAGGCCGCUCGUCGACACCAAUCCUGGAGGUGCCCGGGGACUUGUCAACGCACCCAGACAUUUGCAGCUCCUGGAAGUGCUCAGUUCCAGACUAUUUUAAAAUAUGCUGGCCUGGGGAAGGGGAGGGAGGUGGGGUGGGCAGAGAAGGGCUGUUGAGAAGGAGCGCUCGCUUUGUAAUAGUAUUUUCAUAGUUUAUGCGUGUACAUGCAUACGUGUUGCGCUGCACACUGGUGUACAUGGACGUGAGAACUGCCAUCGAGGCUUCUGCUGUAACAAGACUUUCAUUAGUGAAGGCUCAGAUGGGUUGAAGAUAGGGAGGUAGACAAACCCAGUAUGUGCUUAUUGUAGGGAAAAAUUUUUGCUGCUGUUUGAAUGGAGAAGCAGUCUAGAAACUCCAGAGUGGGUGAAAAUGUUGCUUAAAUUUGUUUUCUAUCUUGGAAACACCAACCAUUACAGCCAUGUUGUUAUGAAGCAACAUUUUUCUCCCACUCCCCUUCCUCUCAUGUUCUCCGAUCCAUUAAAAACAUUGAAUAUGUCCUUAAAACUAGCCGGGGUUUAUUUUUAAUAUUUUUUUUUGUUUCAUACCUAAAUUAAUAGCUUAUAGGGACUUGUUUCAUUCUCUCUCUACAUUGCAGCUCAUAGCAGCUUUCCUUGCUGAGUAACUCCCAAACUGUGGGACCAAACAGAGGAGAUCUUUGUGCAGAUCAAGGAUUGGUUUCCUCCUUUCUUCUAACCAAGCUGUUAAGGAAAAAAUCAAAGGAAUAACAAAUUUUGUUAAAGUAAUCCCUCUGGGGCUGAAAAAAAUGUAGAGUCUGUUCCAGCUUUAGUAUGUCUGAAAGAGGCUUGCCUGUGACAACAUCCAUAAGUCCAGAAGUCAGUUCCCUUCAUGAAAACACACAUGAUCCUCUGCUAGCACAUGAUGUCCUGCUCAUGUGUAUUUAAUGGGUCAAUCAAAACAACUUUAGUCAUACUCUCUUUCAGCAAAAUUGAAUAGGGGAGGAAAAAUUCUGAACACACAUCACGUGGAAACUGAUGACAGGCAGCUGUGAGUCUUGGCUUGAAAGGGGAAGAGAAGAGGUGAAUUUAUAACCCCAGUGAUCUCUCUGUGGGAGCUGGCUACUGUUCCUGCUAGGAGUUUGGUCCUGCCAUAAAUGUUCUUCUGGCAGCAGUUUACCUGUAGUAAUUCUGGGUGGUGCUGGCCCAGGGUAAUGCUUUAAUGGCAGGUGGUAACCUUUGCUUGAAGCUCAGCUAAAUGCUUCUGGAUUCUUACUCCUCCUUUUUUGCUGUUACAGUGUCCUUCCUGAAUUUAUAUCCCAAACCUGAACAAAGUCUGGCAGGCUCAUUGCAAAGAUCCUGUUGAUUUAUCUUGGCUCUUUGGAUGCUAAUAGUAAAAAAAAUAUGACUACACAUGCCAGCAAUUUGCCUGGGCUUGUGAUGUUUUCUCUUGGUUACUUCAACAAGAGAUUGCAUAUGGUCCAUCUCCACACUGUUAAUUCAGCAAUAUAUAUUUACACUUAGCUUUGAUAUAAAUGCUAAAGCCUCCCUUUUUCUUUCUCCUCUCUUGCUUCAGAGGAAUCUGUCUUGGAAAGAUGUCAGCACUAGGAAGAGGCAACUCCAAUUCCAUGGCAGCAGCUGCCUUCCUUUGCAAGGCGUCCCUCCUGGUAGAGGGACUCAGUGAAUUUUGCAGGAAGAUGCUCAGAGUGAGAUGUGGCCACCCCUGAGGGAGAGCCCCGUGAGUGCAGCAUGACUGGCUGGUUAAUCCAAUGCACUGGAGCCAUGCAGACAGUCCAAGGAGGAAAGGAUUAGUCAGCCCUCUGGGAAACUGCAGGUGGAGUUUCUUCUUAACCAGUUUAUUUGUAACCAUGUCCACAGAAUUUGGUCAUUCCUUGGCUCACCUUCAAAAUGGAAGGAGACAAACACAGUUCUGUAGGGAUGUCUUUUGCCCAGCAGAUCAACUUCACAUUUCUUCCUGUUAGAAUCAUCCCAACUCCUUUCAACUCAGGAAACCAAAAGCACAAUUUUAAGUCUAAGCAUCUCUCUGAAAUAUCUGAAUGCACCAGAACCCCAAAUACUUUGAUUUUAAAAUAGUAUAUGGGUGUGUCAAGGAAGCUGAAAAUCCUGACUGUCCCUUGUGGGCUGGGUUCUGUAGUUUAAUUUUAUCCCUCAUCAAAUGUUUACCUCCUGUGCUUUUGUGAGACCCCCUGGAAUACUGUGUACAAUUCUGGUGUUCCCAAAAUAAGAAGGACGUGGAACUGUUGGAGGAAGUCCAGAUGAGGGCCACAAAGAGCAUCCCCUGCAAAGACAGGCUGACAAAAUUGGGUUUCUUCAGCCCAGAGAAUAGAAGGUUGCAUUGCAACCUUACAGUAUCUGAAGGGGGCCUGCAGGGAAGCCAGAGAGGGGCUUUGUCAGGAACUGUAGUGGUAGAACAAGGACCAGUGGAUACAAACUGAAAGAGGUGAAAUUUGGUGAGACACUGAAACAGGUUGCCCAGGGAGGUUGUAGAUGCCUCAACCCUGACAGUGUUCAAAGUCAGACUGAGUAGGACCUUGAGUAACCUGGUCUAGUGGGGAGGUGUCCCUGCACAUGUCAGGGGGGUUGGGAUCUUUAAGGUCCUUUCCCACCCUUUAAUAUUCUGUGGUUCUGUGCUGCUCUCCCUCACUGUGACACAUGCAGCUAGGAUCAGCACAUGAGGGCAGUACUAAAGUGACAAUCCAUGAAGCAUCACAGCACCAUUUCAGAGAAGAGCACAUCACAAUUUUAUUUUUUUUUUUUUUCACUCUGAAGCUGUUGUUGCCCACAAGUAGAAGUACUGCCCUGGGCAAACCCAAAGGCUGGGCUUCCUUGCCAUUGUGCCAUAUGAUCCUUCUUCCCUGUGGUGCUGCAGCUGGAGUGUGCCUCAUCCUUGUAGCAGUGUGCCAUAGGCUGUGGCACAUUGUUCCUGACAGGGAAUCCCAGGAAAUGGAAAACUGAAGCAAAUACCCAGUAUUAGUAUUUUCCAAUAGCAAUGCAGAAGCUCAGUCUUCACUGAACACCUCUCCCAGUCCCCACAAGUGGGUUGCCAUGUUUUGCAUUGAUGUGAGUGUCUAGUCCCAUGUAAAGCUUGUUAGAGCAGUUGGAUUUAAGGAGGUCAUAUUCUCAUAGCAGGAAUUUAAUCAAGGAAAUCUGACAUUCCUUUUCUUGGAGACAGGUAUCAUAGAAUUUAUAUGAACCAUGAGUAUUCAGCUCUUAACCUGCCAGAAAUAUUCUGUAGCCUUACAGAAGCCCUACUUUAGACUUAAAAAUGUGCCAGUUCUUUUAUUAUUUGUGCACAAGAAGAGGGAUCUAUGGAAGCAGUAGUGCUGGAUGAUUUCUGCUUGUCAGAAAAUCUUCUUGGUCAUUUUUUUAAUCAUUUAUGUCAGAAUUUACAUUUUGUUUUCUUCUGAUAUUCCCAUUCCUCACGAUAGCUGUGAUGCAUUCUAGAACUCUCUACCUGGAUUGUUUUCUUAAGGUAGGAAUGUGAAAGAUUCAGUACUGCUCUCUCUCAGACUGUAAAAAAUACAUUCCAACAACUGCCACUGUAAUGAUGUGAAUCCUGUUGGUAAGUCUGAUGAGACAGGAGACUUGCCAUUUGCUCAGGCACUCCACAAAUCUGGUGCCACUGUGAUACUUAACUCCAAUGUCUCUUGCCUGGACAUAUAUUUCUGUUCUGCUGGCAUAACUGUAAAUUGGAAACCUUUAGUCAGUUGCCCCUUUUUUUUUUUUUUUUUUAAAGGAAACAAAUUCCAUGUAGAAAACACUAUUUUCUAUUUGAUUUUUAGGGUUUUUUUGUUAUUUUGGUUUUUUUUUUGGAAGGUGCAAGUUCUCUCCUCAGCUCAUGUCCUACCCUCUAAUACAGGAACUGCUUUUUGAGAGAAAGAAUGGAAAUUAUAUGGUGUGUUGCUUAGGGUGUCCUGUGCAAGGCCAGGAGUUGGACUUGAUGAUCCUCAUAGGUCCCUUCCAACUCAGUGGAUUCUAUGAAAUAUUGAAGAGUCUUCAAGCCUUUUUUCCAAUGAAGUUUCUUUGAGCAUUUUGCACCAUCUUUUGUUUCUUCUCCAGGAUUGACUUUUCACUCCAUGCUUUAUUUAUCACUGCCUGAUCUCAUCCUGUUUCCUGGAAUUCUGUAUGUUCUUUUUAUGUUUCAGUGGAUCAGGAGUAAAUGGGAGAGUGGACAGUAUUUUGAGGGCUGUAGUUUGCAUUCUGCCUUGUUCCUGUCCUGGACUCAGCAGAGGUUUGUGAGCCUUGGUAAUUUAGAGUUGCUCUGAGAGUGCCAAGCAGUAUCUGUCUUUCACAUUGAGAAAGGUGCUUGUUCUGUGCUGUGAGAUGUGGGUGUAGAUGCCUGAAAAACUGUAGUGAGCAGGGGAAGGUGCCAGGACUUGACUUCUUGUGGGAUAUUUUCAGUAAAGAUCUUGUAUUCCUAAAAACUGAGCUUUAGCUGAGUCUUGGUGUUGGUAAUUGCUCUACAAGACUGGGUGAUUGCAAAGGACUUCAACCCUUUCUGGGGAUGUCUCUUGCAAUCAGGAUGGCUUUUGUGUUAGAACGGGCUGGAGCCAAUCCCAGGGCUUGCCCUGCCAGGAUGUGACAGGCAGGACUGUGUCCCUCGGAUGUAACAGAGAUGUGGAGCUGGCCAAAGGACUGCAUGGAUUGGUGAAACAAGCUUUGCUUUGUUCUUUUCUGGGCAGCCCUGAGGAGGCAGUGGCCCUGAGGUGGUGAGAUAUUGGGGCAAGGGUGUGAGGGGCAGGAAACUUUCCUGGUGCUUGCUCUGUUCCCAUACUCUUCCCUAGAUAUUUGCUGUGACUGGUGCCAGAUGUGGACCUGAACCAGUGUCACCAUUCCUAUUCUGCUGCAGUUCCUCCUUACUUUGCAGCAAGAACAAUGAAAUCUGAGGUGUUUAGGCAGUUCCUCUUUCAGUCAAGCCCAAGUUCCUGUCAUCUGUGUGACUGACCACCCAGCCAUAUUUUGUAGGUUGAGUCCUCAAGAGCUUGCAAAAGGGACAAAACCACCACCUCUUCUGCAAAGAUUAGCAGCAUUGGUCAACAGUCUGGGCAAAAUCUUCACUCUGGUCCUCUGUUAAUACAGAGCAUUUCUGCAGCCACUCUAAAGCAUCAUCCUGUUGGAAAUGAUAAUUUUUAAUCCUGACCCUCCCACAGGCAGUGAGCAGUAAGCCUCAGGUACCAAGUCCAAAGACCAAAAUAUAAACUCUCACCAAAGAAAAAUGGUCACAUCUUCACUGAUUUGCCAAGGUUCACUGCCUUGGCAGAUCAUAGUGACAGAGCUGCCUGUAAUGACUGAUUUGGUGACAGAUGAACAGCACAGGUUGCAUAAGUUUUAUACCUGUGCUUCCUUUUCUGUAAAUUAGGUUUACAGAUAUUUAUGUGUCUCUCACAGGCUGUAGUGUGGAAGAUAGUGAGUUGCAAUGUUUGGAAAACACUUUUAAGACAGAGAGCAGUAAAUCUUGAGGAAUAAUGAACUUUUCAAAAAUCUGAAAGGAAUCAAAUAAUGAAAGUAUGCAGUGUUGCAUUGUGCUAGAGGAGGAAUGGAAAAGAAAUCAGGUGGAUGCAUUUGCUGGGCUAAUUUGGGGGGAGCAGGGGAGCUGGUGUCAGUGUGAGCUGCAGCUCAGAAAAGGGAUGUGACUUGAUGAAGGACAACACAGUGCCCUGUUCUAUCUGCCUCCUUCCAUCUCACCUGACAUGCCAUGAAAGCUUAGGCUCAGGUAAAUUAACAGGCAUCACCAUGGAUUCAACAUCUAUAUUGGGAGUCUUGACAGCUUAGUUCCUGACUCGUUUCAGUGGGAGAAAGAGCUUUUCAACUCAAAGAACAAGUUGUCUUGUUGUCAGUAUGGGUGACAAAGGUGGAGAAAAAGAAGGAAGAGCUGGAAGGCUGCAGGGGCAUCGUCACAGAAGACAGGGUAAGCAAGAGGAUAAAGGAGCAUCUUUUCCUUGACAUUUUGAUAUGGAUAGGAUCAAAGAGGCUGCAGGCAUUUGUCUGGCAUGUAGCAGAGACAACACAAAUCCCUGCCUGCUGCUUGGGUGGGAUUUGCAGGGAGAGGCAGGAGUGCUGAAGGUUCUGAAAUGCAACAAGGCAGCAUGCAGAGGGCCAGCAUGGAGCUCUGAUAAGCUGCUGCUGGCUGCUGGCCAUGACCAGAGGAACAGCAGUACAGUUCUGGAUCAGAGAUUGACCCACAUUCCUCCUUGCAGGAUAGCUAGGACAAAUGCUCCUCAGAUAAAUGCAUGGAGACCAUUAUUCUCCAAGGACAAAGACCAACUUGUUAUCUAUGGGACCAUAUUGAUGAAAGCCAUUUGCUUCAGUUUUCUGGCAGGAGAGAAAAGGGAUCAUUUGACAAAUGAUCUAAAACUUUUUCCAGACUUUGGGUGACACAUUGAGACAGUUGCCCCUGAAUAUUUUAACUCUGACAAUAAGUGAUCAAGAGCCUUAUUUGGCUCCUGUAGGUUUUCACAUCUGAGCACUGUCUUGGAAAGUUAAAGUUAACACAGAAUUCAUUCUCUGCAUGGGUGUUUACAGGCAUUUGUGACCAGCAGGCAUCAGUUCACAUCUGCACAAGUGAAUGAAUACAGAAAAAGGUGAACAAACUCUCUCUUGAGUCACAUGAGGAGUUGACAAGCCAGCUAGGAGCAGACUCUGAGUCCCAAAGCCAGGUUCAUUUUUAGCUAACAACUAUCACCUCCUUAAAAGAAUCCACAUCUGAGAGUUUAUAAAUAUAUUUGAUUCUGUACAGAGAUUUUUAUAAGAGAGGAAAAAAAAAUCUUUCAUUCAAGUGUUCACAGGGUGGUUACUUAUCAAAUUAUAUCUCAGUGUCAGCAGAUGCAUCAUCCUUAAUAGUUACGAAAUCUCAUUUGGAUUUAACCUCAGAUCUCUGUGCCAGCAGGGGGUGAGCACUGUGGACAUUUCAUCUGGCCGACAGCUCUUAUGUAAAAUCCUGCUCAAGAAACAUUUAUACUUGUCUCCCAAGGCCACAGAUGUUGCUUGCAAGGCAAGCAGGGCUACCAACGGGAACCAGCAUGAGGAAAUGGAUUUUGAGCCAACUCUGUUGUAAUGCAAAGUUAACGGUGUGGUUUUAAGCCACAGAGACCAAGAAAUUUGGUCUUAGAUGUUCCUUAGGAUAGCUUUCACUUGCUCCUUCUGGUAAAACAACACUGAGAAAGUAAUGCUCCUCCUUGCCAAGCAUGUUUUACUAAUUGAAACUAAACUGCAUGUGGCAUGUGCGUGCAACUUAAUUGCAGUUACAUGUUGCAGAAGGAAAUUGCUAAGGGAACUCUUCUCUCAAGGAACUGUUUACAAUAUCUGAAUCCCCCAGAUUACAUUCCCACAGAAAAAGCUGUGCUUAACCAUAAAAAAUACUCUAGAUAUUAACUGGUUUGGAUUGUGACUUUUUUUAGAACUGGGAGGAAUGCUGCAAAAAGGACAGGCCUGGGCCUUCACUGAUGUGCAUUGAUGUAAUUUCCUGAGCUUUCUGUGGUUUCUGGAUUUCUGAUGGAGAUACCUCUGUAGCAGCAUAGAGGAAUGGUCUGGGCCUCUUAGGAUGAUCAUGACCAACAAAGCAGCAGUAAAGCAAUGUUUCUUGGCUGUAACUAAAGGCAUUUUACAUGCUCAGAGCAUUAUGAUGUGGUGCCUCUAAGAUAAAAGUGUUUUCCUAGUGGUCAGUGUUGAUGCAGAAGGAAACUUCCUCAUGUUUUGUUCAGUUUGCCUUCUCUGUAUCCCUCCUGCAGAGUCUGUUGUGCUCCUUGGAAUCUGCCCAGAUCCCAGCAGGAUCAGGCUCCUAUAGUACAUAGAUCAAACUUAAAGAUACUCUGGCCCCAUCUGAGGACAUGGACUGCUUCCUGUCCUGUUGGGAGGGGACAAAGACAUGCUUUCAGCUUUGGAGAGCCUCUGAACAAACCCUGCUUCAUUAAGGCAAUACCUUAAUGACAUUUUACACUUAAUUAGUCAAGUAAUUGUGACCAAGGUGGCCCAGCUGUCGCUGCCUCCCUGCUCUGCUCCACAACAGAUGCUCUGUUGACUUGUCUUCCCUGAAGGCCACUGUGGAGGUGAUGUGUUUGCCAUCCAUGAGAAUUCAAUUCUUUUAAGGACACAAUCUUAUUUAGACUUCCUCAGUUGCUAUCCUGGCUGCACUCUUGUAAGGUCUUGCUGUAUGGGAUGGAGACUGUGCAUAGCACUGCAAAUAGCUGAGCAAACCUCUGCUCCUGAGCUGCUUCUUGGUUACAGCAAACUGAGACUGACUCACUCACACUUUGUGAGGGUGAAGACUUUGAUUAGAUUUUGAUUAAUCCCUCUGAUUCAGGGAUAGCAGGACCACCCCUGCACACGAGGAGUCUCCUUCUGCCUUAUUAUCCUUAAAGGUGCCUUGUCCUGGUUCCCUUCAGGACAAAUUAAAGUUGCUGUUUGGCUUUCAAAUAUAACUAUGCACCAAAGCUGAAAGACUCCAUUAUCCCUGGAGACAGGAGGGUGAAUGUGAUGUCCUGGUGUGAGACAAGGAAAAUGCUUUUCUUUUCUUUAUCCUGUGAGCUCUCUGGCAGCAAUCCUGAGGUGUGUAUGUGUGUGUGUGCUUUUAUUUCUACCUGAACACAAAUUGCUCUGAUUAGGAGGGAGGAUUAUUGUAUUUUUUAUAUGCUAAACCGUUUGAUUAAUUACUUUAAUAAAAAUAAAUAUGAACUAUGAAAUUCACUGCCAUCCACUCCAGUACAAUCCAGUAUCACUGAUACAAACAUAUCUGCCUUGUUCUUAGAGUAACCACUCCAUUGAAGAGGUGUUUGUGCCAUGUGGGUCUGUUGAUCCUUGUGCCCAUCAGUAGCUGUUCCUCUUUCACAGCUGUGAGUUUCACCCAUGUGAUUCUAUAUCAGCCUUUCCAUUGUCUCCCAAGAACAGAUGUUUGUGCACAUAUGCAAAGAAAAGACCAUCCUGCUGUGUCUGGGGGUGUGUGACCCUGGGGCAGAUGUUACAGAUGUUUGUUGUGUGCUGUAUCCUUUGGAGUAAGAACUCCCUGCCUGCCUGGGGAGCAGUCCUGUGGCUCAGGUGGGGAUGGUGUGUUGUGUUAGGAGGGUGACACAAUGCGAUACACUCUUUUUCCCUUCUCUCAUGGAAAUGUAUAUUUGUUCUCUCUUUGUGUAGCAACUCAAUCUAAAAUAAAAACCACCCCAAACAGAA